AUGGAGCAGGUCGAAGAUGAGGUAGAUCUUCCCGAGGAGGGGCCUGGAGGCAAGCUGCCGACCACGAGCUUUUGUCUCGUGCUGGGGCAUUUGUCAGGUCACAAUUUCCGGGUUCAGCCGCCAUCUGAAGAUGGAGAGGCCAGCCCCCUGCAGGACUUUGACCCAUGUGCCCUGAUCUUGAACCAGGUGAAACAAUCUGGUGACGCGCCAAAGUCGAUCGUGUUACUAGACAAAGAGGAGCUUGGUGGUUAUUGUCAAGAAGCUUACGGCCUACAGGAUCAACCCAUUUGGGCGGGCCUGAAGUUCAGACUAGAGAAGGAGCGUGCUGCGCGGCAACGGGCCAAAUCGAACGCCCUGCGGCGGAAGCUCAUAGCGGACUUUGAAGAAGGAGCCGAGGGCGGUGACCUAGCAACUUCGCCGGCACAGCCGGAGGUGGACGUUCUCUUCCUGCUGGAUGCGCCUGAGGCCAUCUCGGAGCUGCAGGCCAUCUCGGAUGCAGGUCUUUCCGAAGUGGUGGACCUUUGGUCCAGCAUCUACUUUGCAGGAAAAAGCAUGGAUGAGUCCGAGCCACCUGUUCAGGUGGAGUGUGCAACAGCAGAAGUCCCUGAGCUCUUCUAUCAGGCCAUUUCCUCGGCUGCCAUGAAGACUGACCUGGCGAACUGCACGGUCUGCACCGUGGCCGAGAGUCAUGAGCUGGCUUUUGCGGUGCCAAAGAGCAGCGCCGUCUCGGAAUCUCCGGAGGCCCAAGUACCAGAGACGACUCCGACAGAGAGAGCGAUGGCUGCCAUGAUGGAAGUUCUGGCACAGGAAGCAUCCUCGCGAAUGCGAUUCCAGGCGUUGCUUUUCAUCUGA